UGAAGGUUUAAGUCUAACGCUAAUGAUCAAAGCAGUUUUUGUUUUCGUAUUAAAAAUAGCUUUUUUUACCGCGCAUGUAAUUGAUCUGGUCUCUCUCGAGGCACAAAUCCGUGUUGCCGCGUGCUUAUUGCUUGCUUUUUUUCACCCGUCUUCCCCCAUGGACGUACAAUUACAAGAAGAAAAUUAAUGGAGCAGCUGGGGCACACUCCUAUCUCGCUUUUUCUCUCAAUAUAAUUCCCCCUCCUCCUCAAACUAACCACCUUGUUUCCUUCUGGAUCUCCCUCUCUCGAGGCCUGAAUGGAUGAGACUAAACCAAAGACGGUGGUGGAGAGGGAGGCCUUGGGGGGUUACGAGGAGAAGAAAAAUGGAGUCUUCUGGGGGGAAGAUGACCAGAGGAAGAAAGUGUCCGUCAAGAAAGGGUCUACCGGCGGCGGAGGAAGUGGUAUGCGGUGUUGCCAGGCGGAGAACUGCUCUGCGGAGCUCAGUGAUGCGAAGCCGUAUCAUAAGAGGCACAAGGUGUGCGAAUAUCAUGCCAAGGCUCAGGAAGUGGUCGUUUGCGGCAUCCGACAACGUUUUUGCCAGCAAUGCAGCAGAUUCCAUGAGUUGGGUGAGUUUGAUGAGACGAAAAGGAGUUGCAGGAGGCGUUUGGCUGGGCACAACGAACGACGAAGGAAGAACUCAGUGGGUGAGGCUCAGGCAGAAGGGUCGGGCCAGAAAAGAACAGGAACUCAUCAGCUGAAGGACGGGGUUUGUGGUGAUGAUAGAACCAGAAUCCAGAUCACUAUAUAAAAGAGAAUGCCCUCUUUGAAAUAUUUUCCCAAAUAAGAUGAGAAUGCGAUAUCAUUCCAUUUAAUUGCUUGCUUUUCUAUUAAAGCAUGCUCUCUCUCUUCUGUCAUCCCUGGGCAUGUGUUCUCUAAUUGCUCCUAAUUUGUAUGCGUUUAGAUCAAAGACUAGUGUAUCAAACAGGGCAAUAACAUUAUUCCUUCACUGGACUUACUGUUGCCAAUCUAUCAGCAGAGAUUAUGAUUAUGAUUAUGA